ACGGCGCGCAGUCACGAUUGCCGAAUCAUUUCCAGUCGGUCCAGAGGCAAGUGGUUGUCACAUCCCAGAGUCCUUGUCAACGAAUCCAGCGAAAUGGCAGCCCGUUUCAUAAUCAGCGCACUCCUGCUGGCCAGUCCGGUUGUUUGGGGUAAGCCCACAUUUGGGCGCGAGCACGUCCACAUUCGCAUUCAUCUGCCCGAAAGCGGUGGUGACCAUGGCGACCAUGGUGGCCACGGAGGAGGAGGUGACUUCGGAGGCCAUGGAGGCGGCGAUUUUGGCGGUCAUGGAGGCGGUGGCUACGAGAUUCACUCGCAUGAUGGCGGUUACAGCGCUGGCGGUGGAGGCGGCGGCCAUGUGAACACCUAUGCUGUCAUCACAGAGAAUCACAGUGGCGGAGGAGGACAUGGUUCCGGCGGAUACAGCUCCGGAGGAUACAGUUCCGGCGGUUACAGCUCCGGCGGUCACGAUGAUGCCAAGAUUGCAGCCAUUGCAGCUGCUGCUGGUUCGUCCUCUGAUCAUGGACAUGGCCACAGCCACGGAGGCAGCGGCGGCGGCGGUGGACACGGUGGUCAUGCCAUUGCCAAUAUUGCUGCCAUUGCCGCCACCUCAGAUGCAUCUGCCCAUGGAGGAAGCGGCGGAUAUGGAGGCUACAGCGGUGGUGGUGGACACAGCGGCGGAGGCCAUGAUACUCAGUUGAUUGCCGCUGCUGUGGGCAGCAGUGAUUCCCAUGGCUCAUCCGGUGGUUACGGCGGUGGAUACGAUGGCGGCUACUCCGGCGGCUACUCCGGCGGUUCCUCCUACAGCGGUGGCUCCUCCUACAGCACUGGCUCCUCCUACAGCUCCGGCGGCUCCUCCUCUUACAGCUCCGGCGGCGGUGGAGGAUACAGUGGUGGUGGACAUGGAGGCGGCUACAGCAGCGGCGGCGGAUCCAGCUACGAUAGCCAGGUGGUGGCCGCUGCCGCUGCUUCCGCAGGAGGUGGCUCCUAUGGCGGAUCCGCAUCUUCCGGCGGCGGUGGCGACGGAUACAGCUACUCGGCGCCGGCUUCCGGCGGCUGGGCGGGAUCCAGCUCCAACUGGAAGUAGGCGGCACUGUCCGGCCUUGGCCAUCUGGUCGUCUAGUCUACUGCUCAAUGCUUACGCCCUUCAGUUCACUCCAUACACGGGACUCUUAACUUAUAUACGACUCGCUCGAUUCGCUCAUCCAUAUUCCACACAUCCUCACGCUGAUGCUGAUGUACAAAAUAAACCAUGUUAGUGUAAUAAUUUAAA